CAGGAAGUGACUGCGGGAGUGGAGCGGCCGAGCGGGAGCGGCGGGGCCGAUGGAAGUGGAGUGGGGGCUAGAGAGGCCGCCCUACUGUAUCCAGCAUGCUUCAAGGCCACAGCUCUGUGUUCCAGGCCUUGCUGGGGACUUUCUUCACCUGGGCUAUGACAGCGGCUGGAGCGGCUCUUGUGUUCAUAUUCUCUAGUGGACAGAGGCGGAUCUUAGACGGAAGUCUUGGGUUUGCUGCAGGGGUCAUGUUAGCAGCUUCCUAUUGGUCUCUGCUGGCCCCAGCGGUUGAGAUGGCUACAUCCUCUGGGGGCUUCGGUGCCUUUGCCUUCUUCCCAGUGGCUGUUGGCUUCACCCUUGGAGCUGCUUUCGUCUACCUGGCCGACCUCCUGAUGCCUCACCUGGGUGCAGCAGAAGACCCCCAGACGGCCCUGGCACUGAACUUGGACCCUGUGUUGGUGAAGAAGUCUGAUCCCGAGGGCCCCUCGCUGCUGCUCCCUGAGAGUGCACUUUCCAUCCGGAUAGGUAGCACUGGGCUUCUUUCAGGCAAGCUUCCUGCCACAGACGCUGAGCCGUACCAGGCAAUGCAGAUCGUGGCUGGUGGUAGAAGGGUGGGGGAAAUGCCAGGUGCUCUGUCUGCCCUUACAGGUUGUUCACUCACUGUUCAGAGCUAAACUGGUAUUCUGGCCCAGUACCCUCAUUUCUCAUUUGUUCUGGAAACCACCUACACAGUGUACUUGCAGUAAUGAGUGGUACUUUUUGCUCCUCUGUCUAACUUGGAUGAGUUGAC